AAGAAAUUUGUUCAAGCCGGUAUGUUUUCUCCAUACUCCGGAGGUGACUGUAAUUUACCAUCUCUCUCUCUCUCUCUUCCGUACAACAAUGGCGGCAACACGUAGCCGCCUUCUCCUCCUCCGACGAUUCCAAACCCUUCGAUCCCUCUCCACCAACUCCGCCGCGGAGGCGAAGAUGCCGCAGUUGCAAAGAGAGAUUGAGAUCGACAUCGAGCACGAGGAGAGAGUGAAGCCUGCGAGAAAAGAAUAUGAGGAAAUACGGAGAUGGUGUAAGGAGAACAAUGCCAUGAUAAACGCCAUUCAGAAGGCUGCGGUCAAGGUCAUCGCCGAUCGCCCCAGAUGGAAUUUGCCAAAGGACCCCAAAGAGAGGGCGGCUAAGGUGAAGCAGUGGAUGGUAGCGAUUGACGAGUCUUCGAUGACAAUGGAGCAGAAAUUGAAUGACAAAAUCGAGUUGGAGAUACUGCAGACGCAGAGGAAGGACGAUGCCAAGCUGGAGCAGCUGAUGAGAGAGAUCGAUGAGUCUAAUAACUGGCUUUUAAGGAGAUGGGCUCGGAAAAGGGAUUUGCUGCAUAAGCUAGAAGACGAGGACGAGAAGGAGGCCCAACCUCAGCUUGCUGACCAAACCCUAGUGGAAGGUGACCAAAGGUGCUUGGUAGAAAUUGACAAGAAACAUUUGACAUGGAAUAAUGAAAAGGAUCUUGUUCUUAUCGACUCACUCUUGGACCAAAUGCUCGGAGGGCAAAAAAUUGGUGGUAGUUUUACAUCAUCUGCGUAUGGAGCUGCAAGCAAAGCGGUGAGUACCAAGUUUAGCGUACAUUGUGAUUCCAAUCAUGUAAGGAAUCGGUUGAAGACUUUAAAAAGUAAUCUUGCAAUGGCUAAAGAUAUGUUAGCAACUGAUAGUGGAUUCAGGUAUAAUCAUUCAACACAACUGAUUGAAGCUACAACAGGUGUUUGGGCAGCUUACCUCAAGGCAAAGCCUAAAGCUUCUCAUUUUCAACAUGCUCCGAUUCAAAACUUUCAAAAGUUGUGUCAACUCUUUGAAGAGGAUCGAGCAACUGGGAGUUUCGCUGUAGGUCCAAAAGAAAAGUGACAUGACAAAACCAAUUAGAUAGAGUCACUCUCAGAGAAUUUUGAUGUGAUUGGAACUCAACAAGAUGACCAAACUACUGAAAUAUCUUCUUCCUCUAAACUCAAAGAAGAGAAAGGACAAAUCACAUGAUACUCUGAAUGAGGAAAUAAGGUCAAUUACGGAUGGUCUACAUGCAGUUGCAAUAGCACUUGAUCGUGGUAACCUUCGGAACUAUACAGAUGAACAAUUAUUUGAGGAGAUUGAGAAGGUUAGUGGCAUUGACUGAUGCUUCUCGAAUGAAGGUGUAUCAAGUUCUUACUAAAGAAGUGAGUCAUGCUCGAGCAUACCUAGCUUGCCCUAGUGAACGCCGUGGUCUUUGGUUGCCUGUUAAAUUUGGAUCUUCAAUCUUUGAUGCAUAGUACUAUUUUUUUUUUCUUUGAAACUUUUUUAUUUGAAGCUUUCAGCGAUUUUGGUGAACCUAUGAAAAUAUCAUUGCGCUUGGAUUUAAUAUGUUUUCUGUAUAUGGACUUUCUUAGUUACUUGCUGCACUUGUAUGGUAGAUUUAGGGCAUGUAUGUAUCCUUGAGGUUCCAAAUAA